AUGGACAACGUGCGCAAAUUCUUCUACGGCCCAACGCCAGAGGAACAAGUACACCUGCCUAAUGAGCAAGUCCUCGAUUUCCGUUUAGCUGAUUUUAUUCUUCAUAGAAAAGGAAAUGCACUGCGCUCAUGCGACAGAAUACUCGAAAGCUUGAUCGCGAUAUCCAAAACCUGAAACAACUCGAAUCAAAAACUCGCUCGCUUAUCCUCCAAGCCUCCAAGCGCGCCCAACGAAAUCCGUCACAAGCCCAACAGGCGUCACAAGAAACCCGGAUAUUCGCGAAGGAGCUCAUACGAGUACGAAAACAAGCUGCGCGACUGAACACAUCAAAAGCGACCUUACAAUCGGUGGGUAUGCAAGUAAACGAAGCGUUCGCUAUGAAAAAGAUAGAAGGGAGCAUCAAGAAUAGCACAGGCAUUAUGAAAGAUGUGAACACUUUGGUGCGUUUACCGGAGCUUACGGGUACGAUGAGGGAGUUGUCACAAGAGCUGGUAAAGGCAGGAAUCAUUGAGGAGAUGGUGGGAGACUCGAUGCCCAACAACGAGUUGUUAGAAGGGGAAGAUGAGGAGGCGGAGACUGAGGUUGACAAAGUCUUGGGAGAGGUGCUGAAGGACAGAGUACAGACUCCUGGUACACAGUUACCGAGUGAGCCGCUUGGGCCUGUCGAAGCGCAACCGGAAGCUGGGGAAGAAGGACUGGAUUCGGAGGAGAUGUUGGCGCAGAUGAGAGGAAGGUUGGAGGCACUGAAGAGCUGA